AUGGAUGCUCAAUUAUGUCUGAUGGCUAGACAGAUGGGAAAAGUAAAGUUGUUAUUAAUUUUCUUGUGCCCUGCUGGAACUUGGUUUUUAAAAUCAAUUGAUGCAUCUGAUACUAUAAAAAAUGGGGAGUUGAUGUUUAACUAUCUUGAUAGUGUCGUAGAUGAAAUUGGGGAAGAUAAUGUUGUUCAAGUUAUUACUGAUAAUGCUGCAAACUAUGUCAAUGCCGGGUCGAGACUUAUGGAGAAGAGGAAGAAGUUGUAUUGGACUCCAUGUGUUGCGCAUUGUAUUGAUUUAAUGUUGGAGGGCAUUGGAAAAUUGAAAGUCUGUGAUCAAACUCUCUCGUUAGCUAGGCAAGUGGUCAAGUUCAUAUAUGGACAUUGUUGGGUUCUUUCAAUGAUGAGAUCACUUACAAAGAACAAUAAACUACUCCGUCCAGCAGUAACACAGUUUGCCACUGCUUAUCUUACUCCCCAAAGUCUUUACAAACAAAAGCAACCACUCCAAGCUAUGUUUUCUUCAAAAAAGUGGGCUUCUAGUAGUUGGGCAAGAAAGGUUGAAGGGGUCAAGGCUUGUGCAACUAUGUUGUUUGAUCCAAAAUUUUGGCCUAAUGUUGCGUUUUGUAUCAAAAGCACAAUACCUUUGGUUAGUGUUUUGCGAGAAGUUGAUUCAGAGGAGAGGCCUGCUAGGGGUUACAUUUAUGAGUUGAUGGAUUUGGCUAAAGAAAAGAUUGCUUUCAAUUAUGGAGGAAAUGUUAGGAAGUACGGACCAAUUUGGAAUAAGAUAGAUGCAAGGUGGACACCACAACUUCAUAGACCUUUACAUGCUGCUGGUUAUUAUCUAAACCCUCAGUUGCGCUAUCGAGAUUCCUUCUCCAAUGUUGAGGAGGUGAGGCAAGGAUUGUAUUAG